AUGGUAAUGCUAACCGGUGACUCCUGGGCAACUUGUUACAGCGAUAACGUUGGCUGCCUCAGCUCCAAUCCAAUCUUACACCAUUUAACCAAGAAGAAAGAAAGACAUCAUAUUGAACCAGAAGUUCACAAUGUUAUCGUGAGAAUGAGCUGUCGACGGUACCGGCAAGUGGAUAUCGCCGAUGCAGUUGGAGUCUCCCGAGCUUUAAACAGAUUCAGAAAAAACGGAUGUACCAAUUGGAGACCUGUUGGUGGAUCUCAGCACAUUACGAUACCAAUGGAUGACAGAAAUAUUGACAAGGCUCCGUCGGAGGCGACCUUCCGAGGAGUGGAGUACCUGUACUACGAUCUGAGCAGGACCGGAGGAGAACCAAUAGUCAGCAACCAGGACUCCAUCUCCCUCUACUUCAAGACAAGGCAUCCCUCCGGUCUCCUCUUCCACACUGGUCAGUCGAUUUCUCCUCCUUUAUUUACAAAUAAAUAUAACUCAUAA